AUUCUAGAUAUCAAUCACUGCUCUUCAUAGUUCCGACACCAUCUCUUCUUUCCGUUUAUAAAAACUAACGCCCAAAUCCUCCAUCUCCAAGGGUUUUAAUCUAAAUCUAAAUCCACUAACUUUUGAAACCUAAGAUUCUAAUUUCAAACCCUACUUUCCCCAAAUACCCGCUUCAGUUUAUCAACCGUCAAAAAAAAAAAAAAGAUAAAUGAACAUGAAAUGAUAUGAGGAAGAAUUAUUGAACAUGAACAAUGGGUGUUUGGAGAAUAGAAAAAAAGAACAUGACAAUUCACAAAAACGGCCAAAGUCUUACAAAUUCGGUAGCAAAAGUGACGAUUUUGCCCUAGCAAUCGCGAAGGUUGCAGUGGCGCAACUAUGUGAAAGCGUAGGGUUUCAGGGUUUUCAUCUCUCUGCUUUAGAAACCUUGUCUGAUAUAAGUGUUAGGUAUAUUUACAGCAUAGGGAAAACUGCGAAUCUUAGUGCUAAUUUAGCCGGGAGAGUGGAAGGGAAUGUGUUUGACAUUAUUCAUGGGUUAGAAGAUUUAGGAUCAAAUUUAGGAUUCUCCGGCGCGUCCGAUGUUGACCGCUGUGUUGUUAGUUCAGGGGUAGUUAAGGAUAUUACUCACUUUGUCGGUGUUUCGGAUUUUAUCCCAUUUGCUUAUGAUGUUUCCGGAUUCCCGGUUGUUAAAGAGUCGACAAAAACUGGGAGUUUUUGGGAAAAAGAAGAAGUUCCUCCUGGGGAGCAUAUACCGAGUUGGUUGCCUGCUUUUCCUGACCCUGAGACUUAUGCGACUCGGUUGAGUGUAGAGAAUGAAACGAUGGGUGUUUCUAAUGGGAAGAAGACUGAGUCUGAGUUAGAAAGGGUUGAAAGGACAAUGGAUCGGUCAUUGUUGAAUUUGCAGUUGCGGUUUGCUCAUAAUGAAAAUAAAGGAGGUUCUUCACAUGGUAGUGGAUAUGUUGCUACCGAGAGCAAUCCGUAUCUUGCUGCACCUUUGCAUGUUGGGGAAAAGGAAGUGUCACCGGUUGUUCUUCCAACUAAGCUUUCAAAUGAAGUGGCUUUGAGAAAUCCGGUUCAUGUCGAUGUGGGAAACCAUGUUUCUGUGUUGGAGACAUUUGCUCCUGCCAUUGAAGCAAUGAAGAGUGGGUUAUGUGAUUCUGACAAUGGAAAGAAGAAACUUCUUUAUGAUCAGAGGCCUACAGUGCGUUUUAAGAUUGGAAUUGGAAAGAAAUCCUUAGGCACAAUAUCAGAUUUCGGUUCACAGAAUGAGGAGGACCUUCUGAAGAUUGCCUCUUGGUUUGGAAACGAUAAUGAAAAGGAUGACAAGAAAAGACGAGUGGAAAAAAUUCUGAAAGAAUCUGUAGAAAGCUCCAAGGAAUAAGAUUCAAUUGUAAACUAGGUUUGUUAUUAUCAUCCUUUGUAGACUUCUUGGUGACCAAUCUAGAAAUGGACAGUCAAACAACCAUAGAGAAGUCUCCAGCUUUGACAAAUUUCUCGAGGUAUGGACAUAACAGUUUCCAUGAUUAGUUCUAAUUGAGAAUCUUGUUUUUUUCUUCAUGUCUUUGUCUGAUAAUGGAUUUAUCGGUUUUCUCACUCAACCUGAAUCUCCAUAUGUACACUAUGCUCGCAAUUGUUAAAGUUUUGUACCAUAUUGUAUUGCCAUUUGUUAUUAAUGAAGGCAGGUUAUGGCGUCA